AUGAAUAAAAACGUUCAAAGGAAACGUCAAAGAAAAAGUAGUGAUUCCGAUUCCGAUGAAGACCAAUCACGUUCAAAAAAAGUUUAUGCUGAUGGAUAUGACGACGAAUAUCGGGGUAAUACUCAAGAUCGAGCCUGGUUGGAUACUUUAACUGAACGUGAACGCGAAGCUGAACUGUUGAAAAGACAUGAACAGCGAGAAAUAUUGAAUCACCGUGAAGAAAUCACUAAGAAAUUAAAGUCGAAACAAAAGAGCGGCACUGAUGAUGAUACCGAAACGAAAACUAAAUCAAGUCUAUUUGAUGACAAUAUCUACGCAGAAGAUGAUGAAGAUGAUUAUCGAUCGUCAGGAAAUCGUCGACAGCAAGCCAAUGCUUCGAAACAGAAAGAAACACAACACAGUAAAACACUGCAAGCUUUAAUUGAAAAACGAAAGAAGAAACAAGAUGAAGACUUGAAGAAAUCUCAACCAAAAUCUACUAAUCGAUUAUCAGAUAAAGACGAAGCAAGCAGGAAAAUAACGAAGAUCAAUGCAAAAGAAAAAUAUACAGUUCAAGAAAUUUAUUCAAGUUCGAGUUCGGACGACGAGGAUGAUAAUCGAUACAAUCGCCAUCGACGAUCUCGAUCACCUGAACAUCAUAAUAGUCAAUCUUCCUCUAAAGAAGACGACACACGUAAAAGCUGCACUCCAAUUACCAAAAAAUCUCAGCUCAAGUCAAUGGUUCUCUCUCGUUUUCGUAUGGAAAAAUGGUGCCAUGCACCAUUCUUUUCAAAAGUAGCAAAAGGUGCUUUUGUUCGAAUUAACAUCGGACAACACAAUGGUGCACCUGUCUAUCGAGUUUGUGAAAUCCGUGAUGUUGUAGAAACAGCAAAAGUAUACAGUCUUGGUGCUACACGUACAAACAAAGGACUUCGUUUAAAACAUGGUGAUCAUGAGCGUGUCUUUCGUCUUGAGUUUGUCUCAAAUAGUGAAAUAUCCGAUAAAGAAUUUGAACGCUGGUGCGAAGCCCUAAUCAAACGAGGUGUGACAUUACCAACAUUGAAAGAUAUGGAAAGAAAAGUGGCUGAAAUUAAUGAAUGUAAACAGCAUGUCUUAAGCAAUGCUGAUAUAACGAAGAUAGUGCAAGAAAAAAGUCGAUUUCGAAAAGUGCCGAUUAACUAUGCCAUGGCUAAGAAUGAAUUACUUAAGGAAAUUGAUAUAGCUAUAAGUGAAAAUGAUAUCAAACGAGAAAGCGAAUUACGGCAAAAAUUAGAAGAAACAGAAAAGCGAGCAUCAGAAUUAGAUCGAAAACGGUCGCAGAAUAUUUCAGCUAUUGCUCAGAUCAAUCAACGCAAUCGAAAAAAUACACAAGAGAAUGUUGAAAUGGCAUUAGCGCGUGAAGCGCUAGAACAUGCGAAUGCAGCUGCGGAUCCAUUUACACGCCGUCGAUGUGCACCGGUUCUUGUGACAAAAGCUCCACAAACUAAAGAAGAACUCAUUCGUGAAUUACAUUCACAACGUGCAGCUGAAGAAGCAGCCGCUGCAAAGAAAAAAGCUGAAGAACAACGAUUAGCCGGACAAAAAAAUCCAGUUAAAACAGUGAAAAGUACCAUAACUAAAACGAUCGAUACAACAGUGCUUUCAGCAAACGGUCUUCCUUCGAUGACCACCCGCGAACGUGGUUCAUUCACCAUGCUAACUGACAACAAUGAAAUUUCUGUUUUUGUUCUCCCAGUUUUCUCUAUUUCCGUAUACAAGGUUGCAAGAUAUAUGACAGGUUUACACAGUGUCAAACGUAUCAUCGUGGUUCUAUCUGGGAAAGGAGGAGUUGGCAAAUCGACCGUGGCAUCGCAACUUGCUCUAUCAUUGUAUGCUAAUGGGAAUCGCGUUGGUUUAUUAGAUGUUGAUUUAUGUGGACCAUCAAUACCGAAAAUGUUCGGAGUUGACCGAAACUCUCCAUCGAAUACCGUUUACGAAACUGAAGAAGGUAUGACACCCAUCAAUGUUUUCUCCACAUCCAAUGAAAAUUCACGAUUCAAGUUAAUGUCAAUGGCAUUAUUGUUGGAUAAUGCCAAUGAUGCAAUUAUUUGGCGUGGACCGAGAAAAAUGGCUAUGAUUCAGCGUUUAUUAACCGGUGUUAAAUGGGGUGAACUCGAUUAUCUUAUUAUUGAUACUCCUCCUGGUACAUCCGAUGAGCACAUUACAGUCAUGAGUGUUCUUAAACAACAAGAACGUGCCAAAGAUUUCCUUCGUGCUCUUCUCGUCACAACCCCGCAAAUGUUAUCGAUAAAUGAUGUUCGACGCGAGAUAACAUUUUGUCAAAAGACAUCAUUCCAUAUCGUCGGCCUAAUCGAAAAUAUGAGUGGAUACGUGUGUCCACAUUGUAGCGAAUGCACAAAUAUCUUCGCACAAGGUGGUGGAAAUCUCUUAGCUGAGCAAUACUCCAUUCCAUUUCUAGGUCGGUUACCGAUUGAUCAUCAAUUGAAUACCAUCCUUGAUCAGGGUGUUCAACAAGUUGAGAAAGGUUUUGAAAUGAUUAUAGAAACGGAGGCAAUGAAAUUGUUUGAGAAUAUACUUAAACAAAUACUUGACCAUUGGCAAUGA